CCUACCUUUCGUUUCAAGCGCCAAUAUAUCCAAUACUAAAUAUAAACACAAACAGAAAAGAAGAAACAGAGUGAGCUCUGUCAAUUUUCCUCAACUUCAUUCUAAAUUUAUAACUCAUCUCUUUUGUCUCUGAAACCCAGAUAGAAUCACUUAGACUUGGGAUUGUGCUCCAAUGGAGGAAUUGUCUCUCCCUCAAGACUCAUACUUUCUUGGAUUUGACAGCUCUACUCAGUCCUUAAAGGCAACUGUGUUGGAUUCCAAUCUCAACAUUGUUAAUUCAGAGCUGGUUCAUUUUGAUACUGAGUUGCCUCAUUACAAAACCAAAGAUGGGGUUUACAGGGACCCCUCUGAUAAUGGCAGAAUAGUCUCACCCACAUUAAUGUGGGUGGAAGCUUUGGAUCUCAUGCUUCAAAAACUGUCGAAAAAAUUGGAUUUUGGGAAAAUUGCUGCUGUUUCAGGUAGUGGACAGCAACACGGUAGUGUGUAUUGGAAGAGUGGCAGUUCUGCAAUAUUAUCUUCAUUGGAUCCCAAGAAGGCAUUGGUGGAUCAGCUUGGCAGUGCCUUUUCCGUAAAGGAAUCGCCUAUAUGGAUGGACAGCAGCACUACUGCACAAUGUAGAGAGAUUGAAAAGGCUGUUGGAGGAGCUUUGGAAUUAGCUCGACUUACCGGGUCACGUGCUCAUGAAAGAUAUACUGGCCCCCAAAUUAGGAAGAUAUUCGAGACGCAGCCGGAAGUUUAUCAUGAUACUGAGAGGAUAUCCCUUGUUAGCUCUUUCGUGGCGUCUCUUCUGAUUGGUUCUUAUGCUUGUAUUGAUGAAACUGAUGGUGCCGGGAUGAACUUGAUGGACAUAAAGCAAAGGGCCUGGUCUAAGAUAGCUUUAGAGGCCACUGCCCCUAAUUUGGAGGAAAAACUUGGGAAGUUAGCCCCUGCCCAUGCUGUUGCUGGUUCUAUUGCUUCCUACUUUGUGGAGAGGUUCCACUUCAAUAAGAAUUGCUUGGUUGUUCAGUGGUCUGGAGACAACCCUAACAGUCUUGCAGGUUUAACCCUAAAUACUCCAGGAGAUUUGGCAAUUAGUGUUGGCACUAGUGACACUGUCUUUGGGAUCACUAAAGAGCCUCAACCUAGACUGGAAGGACAUGUUUUCCCAAAUCCUGUGGACCCUGAAAACUACAUGGUAAUGCUGGUCUACAAGAAUGGUUCCCUUACUCGUGAAGAUGUGCGCAACCGUUAUGCGGAGAAGUCUUGGGAAGUUUUCAAUAAAUAUCUUCAGCAAACUCCACCUUUGAAUGGUGGAAAGAUGGGUUUCUACUACAAGGAGCAUGAAAUUCUUCCUCCCCUCCCAGUUGGCUUCCAUCGCUAUGUACUUGAAAAUUUCUCAGGCAACACCUUGGAGGGUGUGAACGAGAAGGAAGUAGAGGAAUUUGAUCAUCCUUCUGAGGUCCGGGCAUUAAUUGAAGGUCAGUUUCUCUCAAUGCGAGCUCACGCAGAAAGAUUUGGGAUGCCUUCUCCUCCAAAACGAAUAAUAGCUACCGGGGGAGCAUCAGCAAAUCAAAGCAUCCUUAGCUCAAUAGCUUCCAUUUUUGGUUGUGACGUCUAUACAGUCAAAAGACCUGAUUCAGCAUCCCUAGGAGCUGCCUUGAGGGCUGCUCAUGGUUGGCUGUGCAGCAAAAAGGGCAGUUUUGUACCCAUCUCAUCCUUGUACAAGGACAAGUUGGAGAAGACAUCUCUCAGCUGCAAGCUAUCAGUGAAUGCUGGUGACAAACAACUGGUUUCAAAGUAUGCCUUGUUCAUGGAGAAAAGGGUGGAGAUAGAGAACCGCCUUGUGCAAAAGCUCGGACGUUGGUAAAGUUAAAAACCGGCUAUAGUUUAAAAUUUCGAAUAUAACCACAAUAAUGUUUCACUAGCAUCAUUUGGCUACCAAAUAAAUUUAGCGGAGCAUUGAAAAGAUCCAUCAUUGUUUUGAGCUGAAUCUUACAAACAUUUAUUUAAUUAUAUUUCAGUAAAUACAUAAAGGUGGAUAUAGGCUUUUGGGGGUUGAAUCAAA